UCUGAAUAUCUACAAUGAUGGUGACAUGGGAGUUGGUAAACACCGCCUUGGUCGCGCUGGUGGUGAUGGUAGCCACGUCCUGGGUCAUUUCGCGCCGCCGGCAGCACAGCCUCUUCUCUGGACUGGGAUACCCGGGCCCUCCGCCGGAUCUCGUGUGGGGCAGCUGGAAGCAACUGCAGAAGGACAGGAUACCGGUGAUGGGAGAAUGGAUACGCAAAUAUGGCAAGAUCUUUGGGUUCUACCUCGCUGAGAAGCCCUACAUGGUCAUCACAGACGUCGAUGUUAUCAAGGAAAUAUACAUCAAGGACAGCCGAAUAUUCCAAGAUAGACCAUUGUAUGCCCUCGACAAGGAACCCAUGACGAGCUCUGUCUUUUUUGUCACAGGUGCCGAGUGGAGAAAGGUGCGCUCUAUCAUGAAUCUCGGUUUCACAGCCGCAAAAGUGAAACUUUACUCCCGCAUCGUGAACAAGUGCGCAGACGUGUUCGUCGACCUGCUCGGAGAACUCUGUUCUAAAUCAAAGGUCGCUGAGAUGUAUGGGCUCACGCAGAGUUUGGCGCUUGACAUCAUCACGAAGGCAGCAUUAGCCUGGGAGAUUGACUGCCAGCGAGACAGCAAGGACCCUUUCCUCACGUGGAUGCGCAAGGUAUUCGAACAGGCGGACAAAACUGCUCUCGAGAGCUCAUUCGCAUUUCCCGCUCUGCGCCCGCUCUUUCUCCUGUUCUACCCACUGUCGUCCUUCGCUCGCUGCAUGAAGAAAAUGAUGGACGACGUAGACAAAAUCACCGAGCAGCGCCGUGCGGGAAAAAGGCCCCGCAGCGAUGACAUGAUACAGAUGAUACUGGACGCACAGGACAACGCAAAGAACGGCAGUCACGCCACCGGCCAGAAGGUUAAAACUCUGGAAGACCGCCACGUCAGUUCCAACGCCGUUGUCCUUCUUAUAGCUGGCUUCGAUACCACCGCGUCGGCGCUCGCCUUCCUAAUGCACCUGAUAGCCAAGCACCCCGAAGAACAAACGAAGAUCUUGAACGAACUCGACGAACGCUUUCCGGGUGUACAAGAACUAUCGUUCGAGCAGCUACAUGAGUUGGAGAGACUGGACAUGGUGGUCAACGAAGCCCUACGCCUAUACCCUCCUGUUCCACUCAUGGUGGCGCGACGUUGCAUUCAAGACACGACGGUUCUCGGGCACUUCAUUCCUGCCGGCGUGAACAUCAUCGCGCCUGCGUGGUACGUCCAUCGCGACCCGGAGCUGUGGAAGGAUCCAGAGAAAUUUAGGCCGGACCGAUUCUCGGAGGAAGAGUCGAAGAAGCGCCACAGCGCCGCCUACUUUCCUUUCGGCUUAGGUCAGAGGACCUGUCUCGGCAAACGAGUCGGACUGCUGACCAUGAAGACUACCUUGAUAAAGACUCUGAGAGACUACAAGCUUGAAAUCUGCGAAAAAUCGCAAGAUCCCUUGCUCAUGACUGUUCCGAGCCUGGUGGGUAACCCGAUGGGCGGCGUGCAUCUGAAGCUUACUCCACGGCAUGCUUGAGCCGUGAUCAACGCAGUUGAAAUCUCUCAUAUCCAAUGCCUGCGGUAAGUCUGAAAAA